UCACCCUGAGCCAUGGAAGGGGAUGGGCCAAUACAAAAACUCAAGCCUAAAAUAUCUCCUAGUCUAAAAAGUAGUGAGUUAGAAGAGCAGACACAUUCGCUUGAGGGGGAGACAGUUAAUUUGCUGACACUUUUUUCCAGAUGCACCCAGAAGAGCUGUUACUUUGAAGACUAUUAUUUUGUUACAUUUGCCUUGAAUCUGGACACAUUACAUGUUUUGACAGAAAAACCGGUGGAGUGUGUUGUUCCGUCAAAACCACAGGAGAUAUCAUCGCUGUUUGUAUCAGACUAUGGCGAUGACGAUUGACAGACUGAGUGGCGUGUCAAAAGAGUUGAUGUCGGAGAGCAUUUUGCUGUGUCCUCUGGGCACCGCAGCUGCCCCUGAGCAGAAGCUGCUGUGUAUCUUCGGGACGGGGGACCUUGGGCGCUCUCUGGGCCAGCGUCUGCUCCAGACUGGCUACAGGGUGAUAUACGGAAGCCGCAGACCUCACAGCUGUGGUCCCUUGCCUCAAGGAGCUCAGGCGAUGGACUACGAGGCAGCAGCCCUCUCAGCCACUCUGGUCUUUGUUUGUGUUCACAGAGAACACUAUGACUUCCUGGAGGCACUUGCACCUCAGCUCCAGGGGAAGGUGCUGGUGGACGUCAGCAACAACAUCAAGAAGAAUCUAUACCCAGAGGCCAAUGCUGAGUAUCUGCGGAGGCUGAUCCCUGGAGCUCACGUGGUGAAGGCUUUUAACACCCUAUCUGCCUGGUCCCUGCAGAAUGGACCCUCAGAUGCCAAUAGACAGGUGUACCUGUGUGGAAACGAUGCCGAGGCAAAGCAGGCAGUAUCGGAGAUAGCCACCAAACUGGGCUUCGCUGUUGUGGAUAAAGGGUCUCUGUCCGCAGCCAGAGAGCUGGAAGACUUCCCUCUUCAGCUGUUCCCAGAGUGGAGGCUGCCGCUACGCGUGGCCAUCGGCCUCACCGCCUUCUUCUUCUUCUAUGUGGUCAUUACAGAUGUUGUGUAUGCGUAUGUUGUCCAGGGGAAAGACAAUUCCUUCAGAAUCAUGGUGUCCCUAGCCAACAAGGUGUGUCCCAUUGUGUCUCUUAUCAUGUUGUCGCUGUGUUACCUGCCUGGUGUCAUAGCUGCCUUCCUUCAGCUCUACAGAGGAACCAAGUACAGGCGUUUUCCUGACUGGUUGGAUCGCUGGAUGCUGUGCAGGAAACAGCUGGGACUGAUAGCACUUGGCUUUGCUUUUCUACAUGUUCUCUACACUCUCGUAAUCCCCAUAAGAUACUAUGUGAGAUUCAAGAUUUCAGAAGGUACCAUCUCGCAGAUCAGGGAGAACAGAACGUCAGUGUUUGACUCCACCACGGCCUGGCGUGCAGACUCUUACUACUCUAUGGGGAUUCUGGGAUUUGGCCUGUAUAUCCUGUUGGGAAUAAGCUCACUCCCCUCCGUCACCAAUGCUCUCAGCUGGAGAGAGUUCAACUUCAUACAGUCCAAGCUGGGAUACCUGACAGUGUUCUUCUGUACCUUUCACACCUACCUAUACGGAUGGAACAGGUUCCUUCGUCCAUCUUCGUACAAAUGGUACACUCCUCCGGCCUACUUCCUCUCUCUGGUGGUGCCCUCUGUGUUGAUUGUACUCAAGCUGCUGCUCAUUCUGCCUUGUGUGGACCGCAGCCUCACACGCAUUCGACAGGGCUGGGAGAGGACUAGUCCAGAGGACGGCAAUAAAAGAGCACUGCUCAUGUAGAGACUUUCGCAGUUACGGACACACAAACAUUGGUAUGCAGAGAAAAACACAAAGAUGCAUUCCAAGAGCUCCAUCAUUAGGUAACCCCGGCUCAUUGUCUUGGAUGUCACAGAUCCAAAACGGUAUUGUUCUGCUCUAUGAUUUGAACUCCUUUCAGUUUCUCUUUAUGUGAUCAUGUUUGAAUUGUUCCAUUUUGUACACAUAGUUACUCAAUAACACUGCAUGCUUUCACCAGUUGUACAAAUACCUUGCAUACUACAUAGACAAUCAUAGACUGGCGCAUUAAAGCAGACUAAAGCAUACUUACUGUAGUGUUACUCUAACUCUGAACUGUUCUGUUAAUGUCAGCAGCAACACGUUUGACUUUGAUUUUUAAAGAUCAUAAUUUCUCAUCAACCGGUUAUGGCGGAUUAUGUAUAUUGAAUUUACUUUGUAUCUUUUUCUGUGAUUUUAGAUUAUUGGAUCUAUUGUUAUUCAUUAUUAAUGUUUCUAUGUGUUACCACUGUUCAAUAAACUUAAGUGUGACUCAA